UGUUUGUGUAUACACCGUCUCCACAGCAGCCACUGAUCCUUGUAGACCAAGCCUCUGUCAAUGAGAUGUGAGCGUCAGUCUUCUGUGCUCUCCUUAUACCUCCAUCACCACCAUCCCUGACUUCUACUAUGUCCCAGCACUGGCCUACAGACCCCAAUGUAUACAGCAAUCCUUACCCUGGAGUCCACAUCAUACCUCCUAUGGUUUCUCAACAGCCAACCAUAAUCCAGCAGCUUUCCACAGACUUUAUCCCUCCUCUCUCGUAUCCAAUCAGACAAGGCCGUGCCAAAGAAGAUUUGGUCGAUCUGAUGAUGAUACAGAACGCCCAGAUGCAUCAAGUCAUAAUGAACAAUAUGGCAAUGUCGACGAUCUCUAGCUUUGGAUAUGGGGCAGCACAGCCUCCCCCAGUGCCCAGCGUGGUACCAGUACAAGUGGAGGAGGAGGAAGAGCAGAUUGUGUAUCAUCACCAUUAUGAAGCAUUCCCAUCAAAUUAUACAAACUAUAUGACAUACCCAGCUUACCCUGCAGCGCCAAUGCCGGUGCCGGUGCCCCAACGUGAGCCUACCAUCAGGCAUCUCAAUAUGGACAUGGAGCCGUCUUCCCCGAGGCGUAACACAGACCUGCGGCCUGUACCCCCACCUCCUCCUCUGAGUGCCACUGGGACUGUUGGUGCUGAUGUUCCUCCAGCUACAGAGUACUACGACCUGACUGAAGCCAGGAAGUGACCAAGCCUCAGCCGGCCCUCAUCGUGACUGUCAAGGCAUGAAGUGAAUGAGUUUUAUGCCGCGAACACACGAUCAUUUUUCAGCAUGAAAAAAAAGUUUUUAAAAAAUGUAAUUUAAAAUGAUCGUGUGUG